AUGAGCGAGAAGGACGCAGAUCUACUGAAAACUACAGGGGUCAAGAAGAAAGCUGCCCCUACCGGUACAAAGACCUAUAUUCUCCGGUCCUUCCUCGAUACUGCGCUCAUAGAACAGGCAUGCGCGCCCGACGCUGAGAUCCGUGAGAUCGAGCAAAAGGAGCACGUCGAUGAGAACGAGGAGUUUGCCGAGGACGACAACUCCGUCGGUCAACGGUCGACCGGAAGCAUCUUCUCAUGGCACGCCUCGGACCAGCUUGCGGCAACAGGCAUUCUAUACGUCGUCCUCGCGCUCAUCCUCGUCGAAGGACGCGUGGUCAGCGACGGUGACCUGCGCGCAAUGCUCAAACGCCUCCAACUGCCCGCUAGCGCUGCGGUCCCGCUGAACAGCCAAGCGACGAACGGCCAAUCGCUCACAAUCGACGCGUACCUCGCGCAGCUGACCCGCCAAGGCUACCUCGAGAAGCUACACGUCGGUACUGCCGCUGCAGUGAAGGGCGGGCAGAAGCGCGCCCGCGCGACGCAGGCCCCUACCGGGGGCGAUGACCAUUUGCAUGCAUUCGAGUGGCGGUGGGGCGCGCGGGCGCUGACGGAGGUGGGAGAGAGGGGCAUCGCGCAGUUCGUUGCGGAGUUCAUGGAGAGUCAGCCUGGGCACGGGGAGGAAGAGGACGAGGAGGAAGAUGCGGUGGGGGCGGGGAGGGACGAGGGCACGCAGCGGCGGGUGCAGGUGAUAUUCAAGGGGAUCGAGCGGGCUGCUGCUGGGGGGCAGUUGUUAGAGGCGAGGUGA